AUAAAGGGGAUGGAUCCCCAUGACAUAACUUGUCCAGACUUCCCUGGGAGCUGCUACGGUCUUGGCUCCUUUUGAGCUCUGUGAAGGUUAAGACAAGGCUCAGUCACAGCUCUGACCACUCUCUUCCCCUCCAGCAUCUUGGGAAAAUCACUCAAGCAGCUUCACUUCUGCCAGUGACAGAGGAAUGCUCUUCUUAGAAGUCUUCUUGAAGCUGGUGGAGUUGGCAGCUCUGCCCCAGAAAACUCUGUUUGACAUUAUCAGUCACUACCAGAGGAAGCUUAGGGACCAGAAAAACUGGAUGGAUGAUGACGCCUUCAAGUGUGGCAGAAAGAUUUGGAAAGAGGUGGUUUACCCUACUACACCUUCCUUUGCAAGCACUGCCCAUGACUCAGCUGGGAACAAAAAGAAGGCAGCAGCUCACACAAAGAGCCACAAAGGCAGCCCUUACACUCAGGUCCCCAUCUUCCUACAUCCUAAACAAGAUGCAGCAAUACUGAGGAAGCCAAGGAAGAGCUUGCAGAAGACAGCCAAGAACGCACAAUCCACACUGCUUGACACCCGCUGCUUCUGUGAGAGAAAACGGAUGCAGAAGAAGGCGCAGGCAGCCAAGCCGCCCCGGCAGAGCCCUGCCCUCUUGCAGCACAGCAGCCUGCUGAAGCUCUGGCACAAGCUCAGCGAGGACCACACGGACAGCCGGCUCUCCCACCGCACCGCAUGCACCUGCUCGUCCCUGUGGAACACCGGACGCGACCCGGAGGCAGGCACCGACUUCUGUGGGCUCUGUUACCUCAGAGCCCGGCGGCGGGCGAAGCAGAGAGCAGCCAUGGAAGCCAAGCUACGAUCGUGGCUGGAUGACAGCACCACAGGCCUGUGA